CACACGUUGAAGGCAAGAAAAGUUUUCCUGUCAUAAAGUGCAUUUGGUUACAGACACAAGAUGACAAGAUGAAAUGUAAAAUGCCUUAAAAAAAAAAAGAACUAAAGGGGAAAAAAAGAACUAAAGACGCACAGACUCAGCUCCGUCCCUCCUGGGCGCUUAUACCAUGAUGACAGAAGCGCUGACCGAUUUAACCGCAGCGAAAGACGGCGUGGAAACUUCCACGAUGGUAAAAAGCGAGGAUAUGAGCCAUGCGGAGCAGCCAAUCUUUAACGCGCUCGGGCGGGACAACUCAGCGGCUAGGGAGAAGCCCAACAGCGGGACCAAGGCACCUGCUGCGAUUGCCAUGAUGUCCACCGCCUCUGACACCGAGUCCGGAAUCUUCUCCGCUGAGAGCGAGAUGUGCGUGGAGCACGAGUACGAGUUGGACUGCUUCUGCCAAACUGACAUGAAAGUGAUUUGCACCCAUUGCGCCGUUGUAGGCUCCUGCCAAGGGCAUAGCGUCACUCCUCUGGCCGACAGAGUCACCGCAGUCCGGAAUCAACUGGUGGACGCGUGUGAGAAAAUGCAGCUGCAGGCGCUGAGGAUAGAAAAGUUCAUUGAGCAAACGCUCACAGGCAAGGAGAAAAAGCUUCAGGUGGCAGCGAGCACGGCUCGGGAGCGGGUGGUUGCUCAGGUCAGUGUUGCCCGCGAGGCCCUUGAAGAGGAGGAGCAGCGUCUCCUGGAAGAGGUACAACAGGAGGAGGAACGUGUGGAGCAGUGCCUACUUACCCAGAGGGCUCACUGGGCCCAAGCCAUGGCCAGCCUAGCACGAACACGCUCUCGCCUGGUGCACACACUAACGCACGCUCCUGAUGCACAGCUGGUGGUGAAUACAAGCAUUCAGGAGAUUGCAGAAAGAGUGGAGGAGGCUGAAGGAGUGGGUGAACCGUACGAUACUGAGCAACUCAAUAUGAAGCCAUGCUGCAGUGACAGCCACCUGCUGAGGGGAAUGUGGGCCACCGCCAUGCUGAACGGCUCAAACACUCACGGUUUGUCCUCUCUAAAGUUUGAUGAACGCACAGCUAAUCCUCUCCUGUUGCUCUCCGACGACCGCUGCUCGCUGACGUUCCUCCAAAAGAAACCCCGGCAGACUCCACCCUAUGACCCGGCACGCUUUGACAGCUGGCCCAACGCCCUGGGCUCCCUGUCCCUGUCCUCCGGGACUCACAGUUGGAAGCUGGAUGUUGGUCAUAGCGCCGCGUUCAAGGUGGGCGUCUGCUAUGCCAGCUUGCACCGCAAAGGCUCAGGGGAUGAGGCCCGGUUGGGACACAACGACCAGUCAUGGGUUCUGUCCCACUACAAUGGUGAGUACUCUUUCUGGCACGCGGGCGAGAAGGUAAUGCUGCAGGUGGCGACGAGACCCCAGAAGGUGGGGGUCUUGCUGGACUGGCCCAGUCAGACACUGCUGUUUUAUGAGCCUGAGUCCGCCUGUGUCUUACACUGUGCUGCAUAUGACUUCAGCGCCCCCUUGCUACCGGCAUUCGCUGUGACUGACCAAAGUAUAACGAUAGUACACUGAAACCACUUCAUACUACGACAGACAGAAUGUGAGAGCAAAGUUAUUACAGUCAUUACUUGCCAAAAAGUACCGAAAACCCUCCCAAAGAUCUUUCCAGUUUCCAAUAUUGCCUGUCAGAAGGAGAAUAAAUCAAGGAACUACAUUGAAGUCAGGGGAAGAGCUUCUUUUUGACAUGUCAAUAUCCUAAUCGAAAAGGAGUGCUUUGUAGCCAUCUACCGUCCCCCAAUAGUAAAUGACAAUGAUGCAGGUGAUUACCAAUCAUAGCGUCAGAUUAAUGAAUAGGUUUUACUUACCUCUUGUUGAUACUGUGCCAUAUUGUCACAUAUUGUACUUGACUUUUUUAAAUAGCAUUUUGUUCAAGUUUUCAUAUUAUACCCAAUGCCAAGUUUACCCAAGUUUAUAUAAACAUGUCAUUUAUGUUUUAUUCUUUUUUUUAGUUGUGAGUAAAAAAAGGAUAACUAUGAUAAUUGUCUACAUGGUUAUUCAUCUGCCUGAUGAUCCAUUUAAUAGUAAACUAUCCCCACAAACCUUUUAUAAUCCACCAGUUUGAAUUGUGAAAAAAUAUAGGAAUACUUAUUGUUGCCACUCCAGAAUUACGAAUGGCAAUUUAUCAUAGUAGCAUAAUUUACUGUGAAAUGCUUGUAAUGUUUUUUUCCUUCUUCCCUCUGAAGGGGCUGUUAUAUUCAUUUUAAUUUGUUGAGCUUUUCUUCAGACAACUGCUGUCUAAAUUUGAAAGAAAGGCAAUGUCUGAUUAAGUAGAUGGCACAUUGUUUUGAUGAAGACAUUUUCUUCAUGCUGUUUUGUAUUUGGAAAGCUUUGCGCAAAUAUCAACUGGUAGGUUGUGUAUCCACUGUGGUUAUUACCCUACAGAUUUAGUGGUAUAACACAAUAUGACAGUUGUGUAUUCAAAUUUUCAGAUGCAUAGCCAAGAAUCAGCCUAAAUAGAUUUUUUUAGAAAGCAACUUAAGCAAUACCAUGGAAAAAUGUUGAGUGUCAUUGUGCAAAUCGUCAGCCAAAAUACUGUAAAAAACGUUUUAAUAUGCCUUGGAUUUCACAGCGAAGAUGCACUCACUCAUGCUAACCUGAAUUGUGACAGAACCUGGUUUUAUAGGAAAAAUAUUCGUUAAAAAGUUUCUAUUUCAUUGAAAAUUAUCUCUGCAUUUGGAUAGUAAAGAUUAGCCUUAUCCGACGACUUUUCAAAUUUCAUAAACCAUCUGAAUGGAUAAUGUCUGUACAGAUGCUGUCUAUAGCUGUCAUGACUCCAUAUUUCACAGUAAUCAGUCACCAAGAUUAGCAAGCAAUUAGAAGGGAAUUUAAGCACACAAAUUAAUAUGAAAUAUUUCCUAGUGUAACACCGCGGAAUGUUUAUACCAACAUUAC